UUUCUCCCUCAGAUCCGGCACCUCAUUCCUGGUAGAAGGCGUGCCAGUGGAGGUAGUGUCCCCGGGCGGGGACGCGGCGCUGAGCUCGGCGCAGGCGGCCGCCAGGCUGCACUCUCUCAUCCGGACCGACCAGCCCAGCGGGGGGGAGGACGUUGAACAAGUAGUUUUAAUCGGCAAUCGAGAAUGGAUGUCCAGGAACGGAGUGACAGUCCCACGCAGGGUACAGGAAGCUAUGCAGCAAGACGAGGAGCUUGGCAGAACUGCUGUGCUCGCUGCUAUCAAUGACCAGUUGGUAUGUACAAUUGGCGUAGCAGACGAGGUGAAGCCUGAAGCCCACCUCGCGGUCUACUGCCUCAAGAAGAUGGGGCUCCAAGUCUGUCUACUGACGGGAGACAACAGGAAGACGGCUGUGGCCAUAGCCAGACAGGUGGGCAUAAACAAAGUGUACGCAGAAGUACUGCCCUCACACAAAGUGGCCAAAAUACAGAAGUUACAAGAAGAAGGGCAGAAGGUGGCCAUGGUGGGCGACGGGGUCAAUGACUCCCCAGCGCUGGCCCAGGCCGACGUCGGCAUCGCCAUAGCCAGUGGGACUGAUGUCGCUGUUGAAGCUGCCGAUUUGGUUCUUAUGAGGAACGACCUGCUAGACGUAGUAGCAUGUCUAGAACUAUCUAGAACUACAGUGCGAAGAGUUCGUCUCAACUUCUUAUUCGCAAGUGUAUACAACUUGCUGGGCAUACCGUUGGCCAGCGGGGCAUUCGCUAUGUUCGGGUUGCAGUUACAGCCGUGGAUGGCGUCAGCAGCGAUGGCAAUGAGCUCGGUGUCAGUCGUCUGCUCGAGUUUAUUAUUAAAAACUUUCAAGAAACCAACACUAGAACAGCUGCGAACUACGGAAUAUCUUCAAUCCAUUCACCUGGAGGAGUUGGACGCAGUGUCAGUACAUAGGGGACUGGACGAACGGAUAGACCCCAGCGAGAGGGGAGCGUCGCCAUUGGCCAAGUAAGUAGUAUUAAUUUAGUCUUUGCAAUGAACUCGUGUUCUUAGAUAGAUAGAAAUGGUAGUUGAAUUGUAUAGU